AUAAGGAUAUACAAUGGACCACUGUAAACACCAUCCUAUACUCCACAUCACAUACUAUUAGUUUUGACACCCAGCGCGUCUUUUUCAAUGUCAAACAGGAGACAAGAUUAUAUCCUACGAGUGAGGUACCAUAAUCCACUUCCUCCUCCCCCAUUUCCUCCUAGGCUCAUAAACAUUUCGAAUCCAGUCAAGCAAUAUGCCUUGCCAAAUUUUGUAUCGAAUGUAGUCCAAGAAAAGAAAAUUUCUAUUGAAAAUGACGCUGAACUUGGAAUGCCCAUGGAUUUGGCCGCUGUCGAUGGUUUUUUUGAGGGCGAUACGUCUUGGAUGCAAUCCGAUAUGUCUGGUAUGAAUUUGGACCCAGCAGACCGCGCUUUGCUAAAAGUUGCUGGAGGAUCGGGAUCUUCUCAUGUUGAGGUUCCAUUUUUGAGACGGACUGAAUACAUUUCUUCUGAAGUUGGACGAAACACCUCAACUCGUGGUAACUUGCGAUUGACUGCUUCCACGAGCAAAGCUAUUGCUGAACAACGUGGUCGUUCGCUUCGUGAAAUCCCCAGUCAAAUUCAGGCUAUCGAUCAAACCUUUUCUGCCGUCAAAGAGCCUUUGCAAAAUCUGAAGCAUCCAACGAAGCCUGACUUAAAACCGGUUGCUGCUUGGAAUAUCUUGCCAAACGAUUCAAUGGCAGGCAUUCAACAUCUCAUGCUACGUGUAUCUGAUAACCUUACGGACCGCGCACCUACUCCAUCAAUAAAUGAAGAUGACAGCGUUUCAAAAAGACAUAAUGUUGCUCUCUUUAUGCCUUCUUCUGCGGAGGGAGAACAGUAUUUAUCUUACUAUCUUCCUUCGGAAGAAACAGCAGAAAAAGUCCUAGAAGCUUCCAACAGCUCAUCGACGACCAAGGGCCCCUUCUUGUAUAACUUAUUCCGCAAUUUUGAUGCCACUAUGCAUGUUAAUCCUAGCGGUUUAGAAGAUAUUUGUUUAAGCCUUCACACUGAUAAGGAAAAUCCUGAAAAUAACAAGGCCCUGUACACUCCAAUCUAUGCACGGUCGACAUUAAAACGACGACAUGUUCGCGCUCCCAUCAACCCUGACACAAUUGAUGGUAUCGAGUUGAGACUACGAGAAAUCAACAAGGAAGAAGGUGUACAGUUGAAGCGGGCUAGGUAUGAGUCGUUUGCUAUGGGCGAUGAAGAAGCUCUCGUGAAAGAAGAACAAGAAGUUGCUGAAGAGCAGGCAAAAGAAGAAGAUGAACUUAAUGAAACAGGAAUGCAACAACAGGACUCGAAUACUCAGCCUCCGCCUGUAGAAAAUGCUCAGGAGCAAGAACAGUCUUCUAGCCCUAGUGGACAGAACGAAGAAAAGGAAAAAGAGGAUGGAGAUGAACAGAAUCGGCAAUCAGAGACCGUCAAUAAUGAAAAUAGUAAAUCCAGUUUAGAUGAGUCUACAAAUUCAACGAAUGGAGAUCAUCAAAAUCAAGAAGAACCCGUCCUGGAUCCUGCCGACAAGAAAGAAACCGAUAUCCCAGUUGACAAUUCUCCCUCUUCUGCACCAGGAUCACCGUCUGCCGCUAAUCAUGCCUAAAAAGUAUAUUAUAUAGUCAUUCAAUUUGUAGAUAAAAAUAAUACGAAUGUCUUUUUGCCA